GUGAGUGAGUCAAUAUCUUUGCUAGUAGUACUGUAUUGUAGUGUAGUGUGGAGUGGUGUGUGGUGUGGUGUGGUAGUACUUCUGGCAGUGCUGUGACGCGACAAAGCUAAGUGUAUAUGACUGCACCUCCUCGUUCACGCGUCCACCUGUCAAGCUGUCCACCUGUCAUUCCUCACACAGGCAGGAACAAGGAAGCGGAGUGUGACGGCCGCUGUGGCCACUCUCACGACUCAGCCACAGCAAGACAGCCAGAGUCAGGGAGUGCACCACCACCACCACCACCACUUGCCUGAAGGAAGGGCAUCAUCAUCAUCAUCAUCAGCAGCAGCAGCGGCAGCAGCCAGAGCCAUGGACGACAACGUAGAAGAUUGUCCAGUGUGUCUCAUCACCUUUGACGACACCCUCAGGCGGCCACGCACUCUGCCGUGUGGCCACACCCACUGCACGCCGUGCAUUAAUGAACUGGAGGAGGAGCAGGAAGUCAUCACCUGCCCCACAUGCAGGACGAGUCACGCCCUGCCCGAGACAGGGCAGUUCCCUAUCUCCUACAUCACAGAGGCCUUUAUCAAGAAGAUGAGAGGACUGGCCUCUGUGCCACUCAAGGCAGGGAAGGAGCUGACAGCCCUGGCGCCAGUGACACAGCCUGCGCCAAGGCCGACAGCGGGACUCAGCAGGAAGACUCAGUCUCUGCUGCAGGACCAAGAGGCCAAGAUACUGGCUGCCAUCCGCUCCUGCCAGGAGGAGCAGAGACAGCUGGCAGACUACCUGACAACCCUGGGUGGGUGGGGUGGCCGUCAGCAGCGACUAGAGGACGAGCUGCAGACGCUGAUGGACCAGAGCAAGGGUGCCCGGGAAGUGAUAAGUCGAGAGGAGUCCCGCGUGGAGGGCAGGAAAGAGAAGGUGCGGCAGAGAGAGGAGGCGUUGCACGCCGCGCUGGAGACACUGCUCACCCCCGCAACACGCCAGGAAGCUUACGAGGUGAUUGAGAAUGCAGACCAACUGCUGGUGGAGGUGGAGGAGGAGGAAGAGGAGGAGAGGGAGGCAGUAAUUCCUGACGUCCACGUGGUCACCACCGUCGCCAGGAUGGCGAAUUCAUCCCGUGCAGUCCUGCAGGCCGCCACCUCCGCUGCCACACAGACAGCCAUGGAGGCAGCGGUCACUACUCCUGCUGCUGCCAUGGACUCCACGCUCCUGGCGCCCUUUGCUGCAGCCGCGGAGAGACUGGCGCCACCCCUUAAGGCGGAGGAGCUGCUGAGGCUGACGCAGCGUGCCAGGGGCCUGGUGAAGGCUGGCCUCAUCUUGGCCGUCCAGGACGUGGAGGGACAAACUCGGCACGCCAGAAUCAGCCUACAACACGGCCGCCUGCACCUCCACUCCCUGCAGGCCCCGCCCCCGCCUCCCCACGCACUCAUCCUGCAGAUGGGGGAAGUGAUGCCGGCCUCCCCGCCCUGCGAAGCGUUCCUAGACCUGGCGUGGCCCGGCAGUGCGGCGCGGCGGGUGGUGGUGAGUCUGGUCCGUGACACCCCCCUAGGCCGGCAUUUUGUGCUGCUGUGCUCGGGGCAGCGGGGCGCCUGCUACGCCAACACCAGGCUGUUUGAGUUCCAACCACUUCAUUGAAGAGCACUGAACGUGAACAGUCCUGCUGAAGAACCAGUGCCAUGGCCGCCUCAUCCGCCGCUGCCGCCCCCGUCCCCGCCCCCUCCACUGC